CGUGAUGAUUUUGUGUUCUUUCUUUAUGUCUACAUCUAUGAUAUAAUUGUAAUUGAACUCCGAGUACGAGUAUCAAUCCCAUCAUUAUCAUUAUAUUCAUCCGCUCUCUCGUCUCACACGGUAAUAUGUAAUCUUUUAAUCUUUGAUUUUUAUCCAUUCAUUUGCUCCUCUCAGCCCAGAUCCUUCACACACACCCCCCAAACUUAUCCGGCUCAAACGCCCCGGCCAUAUCUCAGAACGGGAAGGAAACCCCCUUCGUUCGCUCGGUCCAAAAAAAGUUUCCUUGAUUUAUCUCCCACUACUUUCUCUUCACGCUCACGCCGUCUCUACAAUAUUCACACUAUUCACACUAUUUUAAUUUGCUUGCGUUUGGUGUGGAAUUGGCCCAGCAACACUCCAUUUCUAUACCGCCAUCUUCAGCAUUUCUGACCAAAGAAGGCUUGCCUCCACUUUCAUUUGACCAUCUAGACACUUGAAGAUCUCCAACGUACCUCCUCUCUCGGUCUUGGUGUUUUCCGUAUGGUGCUGUCCCUCGAGCAACACCAUAGACCAGAGCUCUCCUAAUUGUAAUGUUUUACAACAAUCACUAAUGAAGCUCGUUAUGAUCUUGUACCUUCUAUUUGAGCAAGAGAUCUUCCCUAGAUUGGACAACCCUUGUAUGACUCUGACACCGACUUCAGAGCACCUGAAGUAGCUACUGUAGCGAAUUGAGAGUGGAUAUACCUUCCGGUUGCCUGGAACAAUCCCCGCUAUUUUGGUAGCUGGAGUAGACGUCUCAAUUUCGACCUCUGACCUCUAAUUUGGUAUCUUUCCUUCAAAACAUUUGUUGUUGUGGCAAUUGUCUGUUGGUUGUUCUGAAAAAUCAAACAGAUAUACAUCCUUGCCAUGCUGUAAAUCAUUCACGCCCUCGAUACCAAUAGUGCUUUGCAACUAUAUCGAGUCCUUCCCAUCGAGUUAUCUUCAACUGCCUCUGCAACAAAUUUCGGGAACCCAUCAUUUCGGGAGCGGGCGGCUGGCUGCGGGCAGAUCAAGGAGAAUUACAUUUGCUAAGCAAAACUCAAAGAGCUCCACUUCGCAGAAAACAAAAGAUUUUUUAUCAAUUGAUAAAGGCUUUGGGAUUUUGGAGUGAUUGGAUCAGAAGUCACAUCAACAAAAGGAUAGAAACACCGGGGCCUGAAUGUAUGCAGUAUAGAAGGAGGCUGGCCAGACUUCAUUCUCGAACCCCAUCUCAAAAGGGCGGACGGGAGGAGUUGCAAUGAGUUGGGAGCAGCAAGCAAGUUAUGAAGGGAGCCAGGGAGGAUGGACCCCACAAUUUGCAGAAGAUUAUUCUAUGUUCAACGCAACACCUGGGCGUCUCGUCAAUGGGCAACGGCCGUUUGUUGAUACUUCAACAGCUCAAGCACUGUCAUCCCUGACUCACAAUGGACAUUAUCAUGUUGAGGGAGAUAUGGUGACAGAUAUGGGAAUGCACAUGCAUCAAUUGUCACCAAAUUCUGGGUUUGCAAUAGCUCAGACUACAUCCCCCAACAAACCGAUAUCUGCUGCUACUGCCCCGCAAACUGCUUCCAGAGCACGAUUUAGUGAUGUUUCCAAGACCCCCCAAAAGUCAAAGAAAAGGUUGGAUGAUCCUUUCAGUGGUCAAACUGCUACACCUCCACAUUCUAUUGGAAAAGGUACUAGGAAAUUAGCCCCAAAAAUGUUCAACGUAUCGAAUAAUGCUCUAGUUCAAGGUAAUGGCUUUGAGUCUUCUGACUCAAAUAAUCACCAUCCUCAGUUGAUAGCACAAUCUUCAACAGCUAUGGAUCCGUUCGGUUAUCCAAUGACCGCACCCGCAUUAACCCCAUUCUUUGAAAGUAACAAAGCAAUAUGGGAUACUAGUAUGGAUGGCAUGGAUUUGGAUUUCUCAACUGAUUCGGCGGGUAUUUUCCAACAAGGUCAUAGGGCAAGUAAUUCUAUUGAUUGGGGACGAAGCAACCAGAUGUUUCAAGAAUCAGUGAAUUUAUCGCCUCAAAAAUCAAGCGAAUCCAAAAUUAAAGCUGAACCCCGCAAACGACAUAGACAGAUAGCCUCGAAAACUUCCUUACCAAUAACUUCAGCACUCCCUACGUCACUUCCAUUAUUAGCUUUUAGUAGUGCGACAGCAACCUCGAAUUCAAUAGCCAUGGAAAAUUUUCCUGGCGUGGUCGAUCCUGGUAUAAUAUACAGUCGCCCUAGUACAGGUAGUACGUCCCAAGGAGGAUUAGAAGAUAUGAUCUUGCCAGCAUCAAGAGCAACUACAAGUCCGAUUCGAAAUCUAGAGCAACUCGAACCGUACCAACAUCAAGUUCGAGAAUAUACUCGCGAACAAGAAGAACUUCGUCGAUCAAGAAGAUUCAGAGAGAGUAGUAUGGGGUAUCGAAUAGAUAGGAGAACUGCCAGCUCACCAGUCAAGGGGUCCGUACGGCCUGGUCCUCGACGGAGUGUCAGUGAGAGUAAUAGGGAUCAACGUCGUAGUGAACCACCACGCUUUAACUCGGGACGUUUAUCUCCUGUGAAACAGCAACGUCAUCCAAAUCUUACUUCUAUUCCUGAGUCUCCAGCGGCAUUACCAAAACUUCGACGAGAUGUCAAGCUUGCCAUUGGUAGUAAUGGUCGAGCUACUGUUGUUGUUGACGAUGAAUCAGUGAGAAGUUUGCGACGGUCAUCAUCUCAAGUCAUCGAUUAUGAAUCAGAGUAUGAUUCUUCUACUGAUGACGAACCAAUCAUAAUUCCAAGCCGAAACAACUCUUUCAAUCUACCUCAGCAGAGACCACCCAGAUUUGAUCUAUUCGAUGCUUCCUCUCGUGACUUUCGCAGACCUAGCACAAGUACAAGCGGCUAUAGUCGGUCCUCGGGUCAGCACACGAGUAUCGAUGAGAUGAGUGAGGCAGAGACAGUACUUGAUGAGAUCAAGAUCGGAGAUGCAGCUUCUGCUUUGCGGAAGGUUGUCAGAGAGCGUCGGAGUAAUCAAAGAAUGUCAAAAAAUGGAAGACAUCUUCGUCUGUUCUCCGAUACAACCCCUAGACCAGGCCGCUAUGCAGAAUAUACUUCGUCGUCUAAUAAUUCUCCCGAUGGAGCAACGCCAUCCAGCUCGAGGAGUGGUACUACCCGGUGUAUCUGUAACAACGCGGAGGGGGACUCUUUCAUGAUCCAAUGUGAGUCUUGUGAGAAUUGGCUUCAUGGACAAUGUGUCAAUAUUCCAGAUCGAAGGACACUCCCGAAGGUUUACAUAUGUGCCUUUUGUGCCCUGACACCAAACAUGCGGAACGGUCGUGUGCGAGAGUCUGCAAGAGAGAAGAGGGGUCUGCCUUCUUCUCCUCUUGCCCACAAAUCUGUCAGAUCAUUUCGUUGACAAAUAUCGAAUUGAUAUCUCACAUAUCAAACUUUGAGAUUUGGAGCUUGAUGGAUGAUAAUUAUAAGCUUCAGCCUUUUUAUUUUACCUUUGGUUCCUACUGCCACCGGGGGAAACCCCAUCAGAUGGAGGGCAUUUUUCAAACCACUUGUUUUUAACACCUACCUACCAUCAACUUUUUUUUUAUACCUAUUUUCUUUUGUCGACACUGAUACCCCCUUUCAAAGAGCAUAUACAAUACAGAUCAAAGUCACUAUGCAUGAUUCCCAAGAUAUAAUACAAGAAUAAGAUUUACGACCGAAAAGAACGGGGGAAGGGCAAAAGGGGAAAGGGGAAAAGGGAAAGGAUAAAGCGGAGUUGGGAUUGAUUAUUGCGGCAUGUAUGGAGAAGUGCAAUGAUUUAAGGAUUCUUUGGAUACUUAGCAAUAGCACAAAAUAAAUGCAUACAUAUAUAUAUAUAUAUAUAUACCUUAAC